AUGUUUCUAAAGGUUGGACGGAAUACUUUCCGAGCAGGAAACAGGAGAUGUUUUAAAAGUUUUGGACUUCGGUUUAAUAGCACGGUAUCCGGUAAAAAUCCAAACUCCAGUAGCAAAGCAUUUGGAUAUGCUGGAGUUGGUGUUUUAUCUGCAAUUGGUGGGUUGUAUUUGGGAAAGAACUGGUUACAAUCGGAGCCGAAGAAGACUGAUCAUCAGACAGAAGAAGAAGAUCCAUCAACAUUGCCUUUAAACAAGUUGUCUUCACCGGUUUAUGCAGACGAGGAAGCGUUUAAUAAGGCAUUGUCUGCCAUCAAAGCUGUCGUGGGCGAUGACAAGGUUAGCAAUGAUAAGCUGGUGGUUGAAGCUCAUUCUGACUCUUUUUUCUCUACGCAUCACCCUCCAAAUCCCCAGAAGGAACGACCCCAGGUCGUAGUGUGUCCACAAAACACUGAACAAGUAUCUCAGAUCAUGAAAAUUGCUCAUGAAUAUAGAGUUCCGAUCGUUGCAAACUCAGGGAUGACUUCUUUGGAAGGUCAUAACAUGCACACUAGAGGCCCAUAUAGUGUUUCGUUAUCCUUUGAGGAUAUGGAUCAAGUUCUCGCUGCGCACCCUGAUGAUUUGGAUAUUGUUGUCCAACCUGGUUUAGGUUGGCAAGAAUUGGAUGAAUACUUGCUAGAUAAUGAUGAAACUAGCCACUUAAUGUUCGGUCCGGACCCAGGUAUCGGUGCAUGUAUCGGUGGAAUGGUAUCGACUUCGUGUAGUGGGACAAAUGCAUACAGAUAUGGCACGAUGAAGGAAAAUGUUGUAAACUUGACGGUCGUCUUAGCUGAUGGUACUGUUGUCAAGACUAAGCAAAGACCUAGAAAAUCAAGCGCAGGUUAUGACACAACGAGAUUAUUCAUUGGUGCUGAAGGAACUUUGGGUAUCAUAACUGAAAUCACGUUGAAGUUAAGUGUUCGGCCCAUAAAACAAGUUGUCAGUAUUGUUACUUUCCCAACAAUUAAGGAUGCUGCAGCUACUGCUCGUUAUAUUAUAUCGAAGAGCGGCAUGCACCUUGAUGCCAUAGAGUUGUUAAAUCCAACUGUGAUGUCGUUUGUGAAUGAAACUGCCAAAGAGACGGACUCAAGGACAUUCAGGGAAAAGCCUACUCUUCUUUUAAAGGUGGGAGGCUCGACUGAUGCCGCCAUUGAUGAGCAAAUUGGCUUGAUAACCAAAAUUGCCAAAGAUAAUGAAUUGAUUGAAAUUGAGACGUCGAAGAGUGAAGAUGAUAAUUUGGUGUUAUGGACUGCCCGUAGAAAUGGCUUAUGGUCAACUAUUGAAUAUGGACGUAAAAUUUUGGAGGAUAAAAAUGAUGUACAGAUUUGGACUACAGACAUUGCAGUUCCUAUCUCAAAGUUAGAUACUGUGAUCUCGGAAACAAACGAUGACUUAAAUGCGUCAGGAUUUGAAAAUAAAUUUUCAGUUUUGGGGCACGUUGGUGACGGUAAUUGUCAUUUCCUUAUCUUAUACAACAGUAAAGACUAUGGACAGGUCCAAGAUGUAGUGGAUAGAAUGGUCCAUAGGGCUCUACAUUAUGAAGGUACAUGUACAGGAGAACACGGUGUUGGUGUUGGAAAGAGAAAGUACCUUAACGAGGAACUAGGCACUUCCACAGUAAACCUCAUGAGAGAAAUUAAGCUUCUGUUGGAUCCAAGAAGAAUUUUGAAUCCUGAUAAAAUUUUCAAAAUUGAUCCUAAAGACAAUUUGGAUCAAUUAUUGAGUAGUGGACAUAUUAGGGAACAUGGAAAGCCUUGCUAA